AAAGGACAACCAAACCUGUGUUGUGUUAGAUGCUACUGCUUUAUUUGAUUACUCAAUUUGUGGAGCAUUUCUAAAUAAACUCAACUCCAAUAAUGGAGCAUCGCAGAUACAGAGGAUUUGGCCUCAGUUACAGAAUUAUGGGAGGAGGAGGAGAAGAUGGUGACGUAAAAGCUUCCCUCUUAGACUCAAACUUCUCUUCGGCAUCAGCAGCAUCCUGUACUGAAUCGAAAGGGACCUCUCUCGUUCCCGCAAUGAAAAACGGAAAUGUAUGGACUGCUUUGGCGCAUAUAAUAACAGGAGUAAUAGGGUCAGGGGUACUGUCACUAGCAUGGAGCAUGUCAAGACUAGGGUGGAUCGCAGGUCCUCUGACGAUGCUCUGUUUUGCAUCGGUCACCUUCAUUUCGGCAUCUCUUCUCCGAAAUUGCUAUAAUUCUCCUGAUCCUGAGUUUGGUCCAAACACAAAUGCCUCCUUCCUUGACGCUGUUCAAAGGAUUUUAGGGAAAAUGAAUGGAAGGAUUUGUGGAGUAGUAGUUGUUAUAAAUUUCAUCAAGGUUGGAAUUGUCUAUACAAUAACAGCUGCUAUAAGCAUCAGGGCAAUUCUGAAAUCAAACUGUUACCAUAACCAAGGACAUGAAGCUUCCUGUGAUUACAAGACUUCUACUUACAUGCUUUUAUUUGGGGUGAUCCAAAUUUUAGUAUCACAGAUACCUGAAUUCCGGAAUAUGAAGUGGCUUUCUGCUGUUGCAGUGAAGUUGAAAAACGUGCCGAUAGCGAACGAGUUUCCCGACGUCUUUCCCGAGGAAUUAGAGACGUUACCUCCGGAGAGAAAAAUAGUGUUUAAAAUUGAUGUGGCUCCGGGGACGGCCCCUAUCUCUAAGACACCUUACAAGAUGGCUCCAGCUGAAUUGAAAUAA